ACAUUCUUUAUUUGAUUAAUUACUACUGCCAUUACUACCCCUCUCACCUCUCUUCGUAAUAAUUAAUAAACACAGAGUUAAUUCCCAUUCUACCCUCGCUCUCUGGAAAUGGCAGCAGACUUAACCCACCAACUUGAUCACCAAAUGCCCCUCGUUUCCCAUUUUUACCCUCCCAUUUACCCCCACCUCCCACCCCAUCAAGAGGUGUUUUUUUUUAAUAUUAGGAGCGGCGGCGGAGGAGAAGCCGCGGCGGAGGAGGAGGAGGAAGAACAAGGCGGGAGAGGGGGUGACGGGGAUGAGGAAGCGGAAGCUGAGCGAGGAGCAGGCGAAUAUGCUGGAGAGGAGCUUUGUGGACGAGCACAAGUUGGAGUCGGACCGGAAGGACCGGUUGGCUUCCGAGCUGGGGCUCGACCCGAGACAGGUGGCGGUCUGGUUCCAGAACCGGAGGGCUCGCUGGAAGAGCAAGAAGCUGGAGGGGGAGUACAGCCGGCUCAAGACCGAGUUGGAGACCACCGUCGUUGAAAAAUGCCGCCUUGAAUCCCAGGUACUGGAGCUGAAACAGCAGAUAUGUGAAUUUGAGAACAGGCUUCAAAAGAUGUCGUCGGAGCGCGGGGAAGUGCUUUCUAGCAACAGCCCGAGCACUUCGUCGUUCCCGAUGCAAGCGGGGCCCGUGUUUUACGGGGAGUACUUUGGGAUGGACGAGAUAAUGAUGGACGACGUUUUCUACCUCGACGAAUACGGCAGUUACGGUGGGGGUCAUGUAGGGGAUCAAUGGAUUCAUCAGCUUUGCGGAAUGUGAUUAAUUAGCGGUUGAUUAUUAAUU